AUGUUUUGGUCAUACCUUGGUGUUUUUGCCUUUAAAUCAUUGAGGGAUGCGCCGGUGGAUAAGUCUACAAUAACAGAUGAAACUCCUUGGUUCAGAAGAAUAAAUCUGGGCGAAAAUAAAUACAGAAAUACAUUAGGGACUGUUGCGUUAGUUGUUGGCACUGGAUCUUUAGCAAUGGUGUGGAUGUACACUCUGAAGUCAGUGAGAUAUUUAAUCCUAAACAAAGGUGGACAGUACUUGACAUUUGUAACAUAUAGCCCCUUUGGAAAUAACCGCAUCAUGAAAGUGCCAAUAGAAAAUGUUUCUUGUAAAGAGAGCAGGAAACUGGCAAAAGUGCAGCUACCACUUAAAGUUAAGGAUACAGUAAUGCACUAUAUGUUAGAUAUGAGGGGAGAAUUCAAAAACCCUCUUUUGUUUGAUAGCACUGCUGGUCUUUCCAGAAAAUGGUGA